AUGACAGGCCAUCAUCAACACAACCCCGAUUCUCUAUUAGAUGACCAACGGUCGCUUUCUUCACUGGGCAGUAGUGACCGGAUGUCAAUCUAUGAUUACUUCACGCUGCCAGAGGAGCAACCGCCGUUGGACAUCGAUCCAUCCACUUCGCUUCAAGGCGGAGAUUCAGACUUGCUUGACCUAUCGAGAUGCGAAUCGCCAUUGCUUUUAUCUGAAGAUGGCAACCGCGAAGAUUGCGACCACUAUCUAAACACGAUACCAAGUCCUGAUUCUCUUGUCGGACAGAACAAUCAGGUAAAGACGGAGAACCAAGACAUUGAGACAGCAACGGCUUCUGUUCUCGCCAGUCCAUCAAAUGCCGAGAUACAGGAAAUGCGCAAGGAAAAAGAAGAAUUCUCUCUCCUAGCCAAGAAGAAAAUAAUGGGAGCUGCCGAAUACAAGAGAAACUUGGAAUCGGCGUUGCUGAAAGCCGAGGCCGUCAACGCAGAAUGCCAGUCGCUGCGAGCUACAACACAGUGGACACAAAAGGCUAUAUAUAAAUGA